UCGGGGCGGUGCAGAGCCGUGCGGUGCCGCUUGGCUCGGCUCGGCUCCGUUUCGCUCCCUCCGGCUCGGUUCCGGUUCGGUUCGCUUCGGUUCGGCGCGCAUCGGCUCGGCUCGACGUGAUUCAGAGCGGCUCGUGGUCGGAUCGGAGCGGAUCGGAUCGGAUCUAAGCGGAUCGGGUCGGACUAGAGCUCGGCGGAGCCCGGCAGAUUCCGGCACAGCCCGCAGAGCGCGGUUCGCGGCGGGGAUGGCGGUGCCGGAGCCGGACGCGCGGCUGGCGCAGGAGAAGGAGGAGGAGAGCGAGGAGGAGAGCGAGGUGCUGGAGGAGAGUCCCUGCGGUCGCUGGCAGAAGCGCCGCGAGCAGGUGAACCAGGGGAACAUGCCAGGCAUCCAGAGCACCUUCCUGGCCAUGGACACGGAGGAGGGUGUGGAGGUGGUGUGGAACGAGCUGCUCUUCACCGACAAGAAGGCCUUCAAAGCACACGAGGAGAAGAUCAAGACCAUGUUUGAGCAGCUGGUGCUGGUGGAUCACCCCAACAUCGUGAAGCUCCACAAGUACUGGCUGGAUGUGAAGGACUCCAAGGCACGGGUCAUCUUCAUCACGGAGUACGUGUCCUCGGGGAGCCUCAAGCAGUUCCUGAAGAAAACCAAGAAGAACCACAAGGCCAUGAACGCCCGGGCCUGGAAGCGCUGGUGCACCCAAAUCCUCUCGGCUCUCAGCUUCCUGCACUCCUGCGAGCCCCCCAUCAUCCACGGCAACCUGACCAGCGACACCAUCUUCAUCCAGCACAACGGGCUCAUCAAGAUCGGCUCCGUUUGGCACCGGGUGUUUGCCAACGCGCUCCCGGAUGAUCUCCGCAGCCCCAUCCGGAUCGAGCGGGAGGAGCUGCGGAACCUGCACUUCUUCCCUCCGGAAUACGGCCAGAAGGCAGACGGGACGGCCGUGGACAUCUUCUCCUUCGGGAUGUGCGCGCUGGAGAUGGCCGUGCUGGAGAUCCAGACCAACGGGGACACGCGGGUCUCGGAGGAGGCGAUCGCGCGGGCCCGGCACUCCCUGGAUGAUCCCAACAUGAGGGAGUUCAUCCUGUCCUGCCUGACCCUGAACCCGGACAAGCGCCCGACCGCCCACAACCUCCUCUUCCACCGCGUGCUCUUCGAGGUGCAUUCCCUGAAGCUGCUGGCAGCCCACUGCUUCAUCAACCACCAGUAUCUGAUGCCAGAGAACGUGGUGGAGGAGAAGAUCAAGGAGCUGGACCUGAACAUGGUGAUGGCCGAGAUCCGCAGGGAGGGUCGGCCCGGGGCACAGUGGAGGUACUCCGAGGUUUCCUUCCUGGAGCUCGACAAGUUCCUGGAGGACGUCAGGAACGGGAUUUACCCCCUGAUGAACUUCGCUGUCUCCAGACCCCAUGCCCUGCCCCGCGCCCUGUCCCAGCCCCAGGAGGACCCUCAGAAAGCCAAGACCCCCACGCCAGAGCCCUUCGACGUGGAGACCAGGAAGGUGGUGCAGAUGCAGUGCAACAUGGAGCUGAACGAGGACAAGAGCCAGUGGCACCUCACGCUCCUGCUCAUCCUGGAGGACAAGCUGCACCGCCAGCUCAGCUAUGACCUGCUGCCCACUGACAACUCCAAGGAUUUGGCCACAGAGCUGGUGCAUUAUGGAUUCAUCCACGAGGACGACUGUGAAAAGCUGGCCGCGUUCCUGGAGAGCGCCUUCCACAAGCACCGCUCCCAAGCCCUGUGAGCCCGCGUUCCCAGGGGAUCGAGGCGCCGGAUGGAGGAUCCCAAAGGGCUCCCGACCCACCCAGCUGCAGCAGGACUCACCUGGCCGGGCCUUGGGCCCACGGGGAUUUGCCCAAUCCGUGCUCUGGGAAGGCAGCAGCCGACAGAGGACUCGGCAAACACCAGGAAUUCCAUCCCGGGACGCUGGGACGUGUCCUGGUCCCUGCUCCCGAGGGGAGGUGUGGGGGAGUGGGCAGCACCCCCGGCAGCCCCUUCCCAGCGGGGUUUGUGGAGCUGCUGCAGGAAGCCCCAGCCGGAUCCAUUCCCCUCUGGGAACGCUCAGCCCCUCUCGCUGCAGGUCCCACAGCUGUUUUCUCCCUCUUUGCCAUCUGGAAUGGUCCUUGCUGAGGGGAGGGAGGGGAGGAGCAGGCUUGGAAAGCCCUUGUGGAGCUUCCCAUCUGCCACAUUCCACUCUCCAUCCCGAACUUCGCCAGGUCUCCACUGUGCUGCCUGUGCUCAAAACCCUCACCCUGAGCUGGGAUUGUGUGAGCUGGACAUGGCAUGGCUUGAGAAGAAACUCCUGACCCACCACCUGGAUCCACACACGUGGAUCAGCAGGAAUCCCACUGAUGCUCCACAGAAUCCUUGUCAUUCCCCAGUUUCUCCUACAGCCUUCCAAAAUCUCUCAGCAUCUUUGGGAGAGAGCCCUGCUGCCUGUUCCUCCCAUUCCUGCCACGGUGACUGGAAUGUCAGUCCCUGGCCUGGAGAUGGGGAAUUGCCACCAUCACCACCCCAGUGCUGCCCUUUGCCAGGGACAUGUUGAUGUGGAGAAAAGUGCAAACAGGAAUUGUCUCUGUUCAAGAGCCGUGUGGGGCUGCUCUGUGCUGCUCCAGGGAAAGCUGGCUCUGAAAUCCUGCUCUCUGCUGCUCCUGCUGCUCCAGGGAAAGCUGGCUCUGAAAUCCUGCUCUGUGCUGUGCCCCUGCUGCUCCAGGGAAAGCUGGCUCUGAAAUCCUGCUCUCUGCUGUGCUGCUGCUCCAGGGAAAGCUGGCUCUGAAAUCCUGCUCUCUGCUGCUCCUGCUGCUCCUGCUGCUCCAGGGAAAGCUGGCUCUGAAAUCCUCCUCUGUGCUGUGCUGCUGCUCCAGGGAAAGCUGGCUCUGAAAUCCUACUCUCUGCUGCUCCUGCUGCUCCAGGGAAAGCUGGCUCUGAAAUCCUGCUCUCUGCUGCUCCUGCUGCUCCUGCUGCUCCAGGGAAAGCUGGCUCUGAAAUCCUCCUCUGUGCUGUGCUGCUGCUCCAGGGAAAGCUGGCUCUGAAAUCCUGCUCUCUGCUGCUCCUGCUGUGCCAGGAAAAGCUGGCUCUGAAAUCCUGCUCUCUGCUGCUCCUGCUGCUCCAGGGAAAGCUGGCUCUGAAAUCCUGCUCUCUGCUGCUCCUGCUGCUCCUGCUGCUCCAGGGAAAGCUGGCUCUGAAAUCCUCCUCUGUGCUGUGCUGCUGCUCCAGGGAAAGCUGGCUCUGAAAUCCUGCUCUCUGCUGCUCCUGCUGUGCCAGGAAAAGCUGGCUCUGAAAUCCUGCUCUCUGCUGCUCCUGCUGCUCCAGGGAAAGCUGGCUCUGAAAUCCUGCUCUCUGCUGCUCCUGCUGCUCCAGGGAAAGCUGGCUCUGAAAUCCUGCUCUGUGCUGUGCUGGUGCUCCAGAGAAAGCUGGCUCUGAAAUCCUGCUCUGUGCUGAGCUGGUGCUGCUCCCACUGUACUGGGGAGAUCCUGGCACUGUGCUGGUGAUCUGCACCAUGCCAGUGUUCCAUGCCAGCAUUCUGUGCUGGUGCUGCUCCUGCUCUGCCAGAGGAAUCCAGCUCUGGCAUCCUGCUCUGUGCUGGUGCUGCUCCUGCUGCUGUGCCAGGGAAAACCACCUCUGGCAUCCUGCCUUGCCAGGGAAUUUUGUCUCUGGCAUGGUGUGCUGUGCUCCUGCUGCUCCUGCUGUGCUGUGGGAAUGCAGCUCUGGCAUCCUGCUCUGUGCUGUGCCAGUGCUGCUCCCGCUGUGCCAGGGCAAUCUGCCCCUGGCACCCUGCUCUGUGCUGGUGCUGCUCCUCCUGCUCAGACUGUGCUGGGGGAAUCCAGCUCUGGUGCUGUCCUGGUGAUCUGCACCACGCUGGUGUUCCGUGCCACUGCUCUGUGCCAGUGCUGCUCCUGCUGUGCAGGGGAAGCUGGCUCUGGCAUCCUGCUGAUGUUCUGUGCUGUGCUGCUCCUGCUGUGCCAGGGAAAUCUGCCCCUCGUCUGUGCUGCUCUGUGCCAGUGCUGCUGCUCCUGCUGUGCCAGGGAAAGCUGGCUCUGGCACCCUGCUCUGUGCUGAGCUGGUGCUGCUCCUGCUGUGCCAGGGAAAGCUGGCUCUGAAAUCCUGCUCUCGGCUGCUCCUGCUGUGCAGGGGAAACUGGCUCUGAAAUCCUGAUGGUGUUCUGUGCUGCUGCUGCUCCUGCGUGCCAGGGAAAGCUGGCUCUGGCACCCUGCUCUGUGCUGUGCCAGUGCUGCUCCUGCCACUCACUCUGUGCCAGGAAAAACUGCCUUUGGCAUCCUGCUCCGUGCUGAUGCUGCUCCUGCUGCUUCUGCUGUGCCAGGGAAAGCUGGCUCUGAAAUCCUGCUCUGUGCUGAGCUGGUGCUGCUUCUGCUGUGCCAGGGAAAACAGGCUCUGAAAUCCUGCUCUGUGCUCCUGCUGUGCUGUGGGAAUGCAGCCCUGGCACCCUGCUCUGUGCAGUGCCACUGCUGCUCCUGCUGUGCCGUGGGGAGCUGCCCCUGGCCUCCUGCUCCGUGCUGGUGUUCCCGUCCCUGCUGGAGCUCCGUGUGCCCCCGCUGCUCGUGCUCAGUGGCGUCGCUCCAGCUGCAUCCCAGCGGGAUUUAAUCCACGCUCAGCCAGCCUGGGCUGCAUCCCUGGCUCAGGGUGCAUUCCCAGCCGUGCUGCAUUCCCAGCAGCGCUGCAUUCCCAGCCGUGCUGCAUUACCAGCCCUGCUCCAUCCCCAGCAGGGAUCCAUCCCCAGCAGGGAUCCAUCCCCAGCAGGGAUCCAUCCCCAGCCCCACUCCAUCCCCAGCAGAGCUCCAUGCCCAGCCCUGCUCCAUCCCCAGCCCCACUCCAUCCCCAGCAGAGCUCCAUCCUCAGCAGAGCUCCAUCCCCAGCCCUGCUCCAUCCCCAGCAGGGAUCCAUCCCCAGCAGAGCUCCAUGCCCAGCCCUGCUCCAUCCCCAGCCCUGCUCCAUCCCCAGCCCCACUCCAUCCCCAGCAGAGCUCCAUCCCCAGCAGAGCUCCAUGCCCAGCCCUGCUCCAUCCCCAGCAGGGAUCCAUCCCCAGCAGAGCUCCAUGCCCAGCCCUGCUCCAUCCUCAGCAGAGCUCCAUCCCCAGCAGGGCUCCAUCCCCAGCCCUGCUCCAUCC